AUGCCCGGCUCCUCAGACAACGGCUCGUCGAGCAACGGCGGGAACCACUCGGGCCAGAGCCCUUCUCACGACGACAACAUGGCGUCUCGCGAUGCGCACCCCGACAACGCCAGCGUCCCCAAGCCCAAGCGCCUUGCCUGCAUGAUUUGCAGGAAGCGCAAACUCAAGUGUGACGGCAUACGACCCAGCUGCAGCACCUGCUCGCGACUGGGACACAACUGUGCCUACGACGAGCAGCGAAGGAAGAGCGGUCCUAAGCGCGGCUACGUAAAGGCGCUGGAGGAACGACUCAAACAAGUUGAGACGCUAUUAAAGACCCAGGAGCCAGCAGCAAAGAGUCCGACAAAAGGCGUCGGCAUCCAGAUUCCCGGUCCCAACAACCAAACCAAUGCAAGUGCGUCCAUGCCCAUGCCCAACGCCAACAUGGGCCUCAAUGGCGAGGAGCGCUGGCACUUCAACAACAACGGCGAGUCGCCCCAGGCAGCACCCAUGGAGGAUUUCAGCUUCAACGCCAAUAUGGGCAUGCCCGUCAACAACAUGCCCGGAAACUUCACCUGGGAAAUGAUUGGCCUGGGACUGGAGGAGCCGCUACCCCCACAGGAGACCAUCGACGAGUUGCAUCAAAUCUACUUUGAAAAGGUCCAUCCAUCGAUGCCCAUGAUUCACAGAUACCGCUAUCUUGCCGCAAUGAACUUGGCACCAAGUCAACGACCCCCAGUCUGCUUACGUUACGCCAUGUGGACAUUGGCGUGUUCCAUCUCGGAGAAGUACACAGAUCUGAAGGAUCUGUUCUACCAGAGAGCACGCAAGUAUGUCGAGGCCGAUUACAUGAAAGGUUUUGGAGAGCACAUGAUCUCCGUCGCUCACUGCCAGACACACAUCCUGCUGGCCAGUUACGAAAUGAAGAUGAUGUACUUUCCCAGAGCCUGGAUCAACACCGGCUCUGCUGUCCGUCUAGCACAAAUGAUUGGAUUGCACCGUAUGGAUGGUGGUGGCUUGGAUGUGAAGCAGUGUCUGCCACCCCCCAAGGACUGGACCGAAAAGGAGGAACGCAGACGAACGUUCUGGAUGGCCUUUUGCGAGGAUCGCUAUGCCAGCAUCGGUACCGGCUGGCCUAUGACGAUUGAUGAAAAGGACAUCAAGACAAACAUGCCAUCAGCAGACGAGGCCUUUGACAUGAGCCGCCCGGAGCAGACGCUGACUCUUGAGGAGUCCAUGGGCCCAUCUGGAGCCGGCAAGCUCUCCUCAUUUGGUGGCAUCAUCUUGAUGGCUUGCCUUUUCGGCCGCAACUUGAUUCAUCUGCACCGCCCCGACGACGACGACCUUGACCACGACAUCAAUGGCCCGUUCUGGAAGCGCCACCGACAGAUGGAUCACAUCCUCCUCAACACCUCUCUUUGCCUCCCUUCCCACCUCAAGCUCCCUGCCGGCCUGGGCAACCCCAACGUCGUCUUCACAAACAUGAGCAUCCACACCUCGACCAUCUGCCUUCACCAGGCAGCCAUCUUCAAAGCCGAAGCGAACAAGCUUCCAGCAUCAGUCAGUGCAGAGAGCAAAGUCCGGUGCAUCACUGCCGCAAACGAGAUUGCCAGCAUUAUGAGGACAAUCUCGCACAUGGAUUUAUCUUCGAUGAACCCAUUCAUUGCCUUUUGCCUCUACGUCUCUGCCCGAGUGUUUGUGCAGUAUCUCAAGAGCAAGCCUGAUGACGCGCAGACCAUUGAUUCUCUGCGUUUCCUCAUCUCGGCCAUGAAUGCCUUGAAGCGACGGAACCCACUGACGGAGUCGUUCCUGGUCCAACUAGAUGUUGAUUUUGAGGCUCUAGCGCUGAAGAUUCCCAAGCUGAGGGGCGCGUUCCCUCGGCCUGGCGAAAGCCCUGCCGAUCCCCCCAAGGGACUCCCCGUACGGGCUGGAGCUGUCUGCGAUGACCCAGAGGGUGUCAAGGGCAUCUUAGCCUACCGAAACGAAUGCCACUUCAUGAAGGCAGUGGGUGAUGACGGCAAUACUGCCACGGCCCCCGAUAUCACAGAAACGUCUGCCGAUUCCCAGAGCAUGUCGACGUCAAACUCCCACAACUUUGGAAAUGGAGCGUGGCUCUCGGCUGACCAGCAAAUGCAUGUAUUAACGCCCAAUUCCGGCAGCAUGUAUGAAAAGAACGUUCCUGGAAGCGGUGGACUAUCCGGCUUUGGUGAUGGACUGGACCAAGAUGCCUCUGGAUCCCCCGAUGUACAAUCUGCUGGACGGACUCCUAACUCGAGCGGUACCGGAUCCGACAUACGGCCUCAUCUUGUACCCGGCCAAAUGUCCAAUGGGGCAUCGGGCCAUGAUUCAUUCCGGGCAAGCCCUAUUUCACCGCAGCAAACAAUGAUGAAUCACGGAGGCAUGGAUAACAGCGGCAACCAAGGCUUCUAUGGCGACCCCAACAGCUUUACGAUGGCUGCAGGUAUGGGUGUGCCACAAGCAGCAUACGGCAUGACCAACGGAUGGGGAGGUCUAAACGGACCAGCCGCCGGGAUGCAACCAGUAGGAGGAGAAGGCGUUCUCAGGGCGCUAAUGAACAUGGGACCUAUGGACGCCAUGGAUCUAUCAUCGUGGGACUCUGGCAACCAACAUUAA